AGAAGGCACUUGCUGACAGUGUUUGCUCUGUUCACUACCAACGUCAUCAGCAAACCCGCGCUCUUCUCUCUCUCUCUCUCUCUCUGUCUCUCACCUGAGCGACCCCUUCAAAACCUUCCCUUCCCCAACCAUGGCUGGCUCCCUACUCUGGGCGAACGUAUUGAUUAUCCUGUGUUUUCUAUCUUGCACAUUAGAGCUUGAAGGAAAAGAGAAGGUCGAUGAAUCUUUAGUCUUCAAUGAGGAGAUUCUCCUGCAGGAUUCUGAGCUGGAACCAAGGAACCACAACCUGAACAAGCCUGUUCCCUUGCACCGCUCUAACACAGAUGCUUGGAGGUUGCCUGGCCAGUACAUAAUAGUACUGAAUGAAAAAACUCAUAAAUCCCAGAUGGAACGGACAAUACACCGACUCCAAACCAAAGCAGCCGAACAUGGCUAUAUGACGGAACUUGUUCUCGUUUUCCAUGAGGUCUUCAGUGGCUUUGUCAUCAAAAUGAGCAGCGAUGCAUUAGACUUGGCACUGAGAUUGCCUCAUGUUAAAUAUAUCGAAGAGGACUCGUCCUUGUUUGCUCAGACAAUUCCCUGGAAUCUAAAUCGGAUUGUUUCUUCAAAGCAAAGAAUGGAACAGUAUAUCCCUCCAAAUAAUGGUGAUCUGGUGGAAGUUUACUUGCUUGACACUAGUGUACAGAGCAACCAUCGAGAGAUUGAAGGGAAAGUCUUCAUUACAGAGUUUGAGAGGGUCCCAGAGGAAGAUGGCACUCGAUUCUACCGCCAGGCUAAUAAGUGUGACAGCCAUGGAACACACACUGCAGGAAUAGUGAAUGGGCGUGACUCUGGGGUAGCAAAAGGAGCAAAUGUCCGUAGUGUGAAAAUUCUCAAUUGUCAGGGUAGGGGGACAGUGAGUGGAGCACUGGCUGGUUUGGAGUACAUCAGGAACACUCUGAUUCUCCAGCCUUACCGACCUUUGAUCGUGCUGUUGCCUUUCGUUGGAGGAUUUAGUCCAACCUUGAAUGCUGCGUGUAGACUUUUGGCACGGACAGGUGUCGCAUUGAUUGCGGCUGCUGGGAAUUACAAGGAUGACGCUUGCUUGUAUUCACCUGCUUCUGAACCAGAGGUGAUUACCGUUGGUGCUACAAAUUAUAAUGACCAGCCAACCACCACUGGUAAUAUGGGAACUAAUUUCGGUCGUUGUGUUGACCUUUUUGCUCCUGGCGAUGACAUCAUUAGUGCUUCCAGUGACUGUGUGACCUGUUUCACCUCUAAGAGUGGGACCUCACAGGCUGCAGCUCAUGUAGCAGGCAUUGCAGCAAUGCUAAUGAAUGCUGACCCCAAUAUAACCGUGUCUGAAUUACGCCAGAGACUAAUUCAUUAUUCCACAAAGAAUGCAAUCAAUGAUGUCUGGUUUCCAGAGGAACAGCGACUCCUCACACCCAACAGAAUUGCACGAUUGGGUUCUCCUGGGCUAAUGGGGAACCAGCUACUCUGCCGGACAGCAUGGUCAAAGAGGUCAGGGCUUGCACACUCUGCUAAAGCCGUAGUGCACUGUAAUGAGAAUGAGGAAAUGUUCAGCUGUUCAAGUUUCUCGAAGAAUGGUAAAAGAAGGGGUGAACGUAUAGAGGAAACCAAAGGGAUGAGGAAAUGCAUAGCUCAUAAUGCCUUUGGCAGUCAGGGAGUUUAUGCAGUCGCUAGGUGCUGCAUAUGGCCAAGAGCUGAAUGUCUCGUUAAUAGCAGUUCUGUGGUUGGUGCGAGACAAAUGGCAGGCUGCCUACACAAGGGCUAUGUCCUCACUGGCUGCAGCUCACACUCCCAUACAAAGUACAGCGAUACAGCAAUACCUCAAACAAACCAGCAGUGCACAGGACAAACUGGGAUGACCUCACAUGCGACAUGUUGCCAGGCACCAAGUCUCGAAUGUGAGGUGAAGGACCAGAGAUCCACAGACUUACCAGAGGUGACGGUAUCAUGCGAUGAAGGCUGGACACUGACUGGAUGCAAUGCAUACUCCCGUGGCUCUCACACUAAUGGAGCAUAUGCUGUGGAUAACACCUGUACAGUAAUUUGUUCAGGAAAAGGGAAAGGUGCUGCAGCUAUUGCGAUAUGCUGCCGCAAACGAAGAAGAGAAUUGAAGCAUGAUCCCAACCUUAAUUACAAGUAAUGUUAUACUUAGCUGUCCCUUCCUCCCUUUCCUGCAGCCACAAACCCUUGCUGAGAUGCAAUUCAUUGGGAAAGGGCAGCUCUCUGUUACUUUGCUCAAGUAGCCAUACUUGUUAGAUUAGAUGGCAAGUGUUGGUUAGCUCUCUGUGUAGGCAGUUGAGUUUAAUCUUAACCUGUUUUGGCAUUUAUAUACUUUUAUAGCAUCAUUCAAUGAAUAGCAAUUGAAUGUAAGAAACUGACCAUUCUUCAUCCAACCCCUCACCCAUUCUUUAGAAAGCCACAAUGUUAGAAGACAAUAACGGUUUGAUUCAAAGAUUUUUUGGGGGGGGACACUUUUUUUUUCUGUUCAAUGCCCCAAAACCGUACUGACAGCCUAGAAAUAGUUCAAUAAAGAAGAAACAAAAUACGAAUAGUCAUGUAAUCUGUGACAGGCCAGUAAGUAUAGUGAUCCUUUUCAUUGUAAAUAUUUUUCAGCACAGGACGAAAUCUUCACAUUUAGUGCUUUAAAGAAUACUGAAUGGAGGAAAAUGCAGUGUGUCGUUCCAAAACACAAAGCAUUUGUGAACCUGUCAUCCACUUCUACUGCGGGUGUAAAAAUGUCCUUUUUUUUGUAUUUUUUCAAAUUCAAUACUUAAGUCUAUUUUCUUUCAAAAUCACACACACCAGCUAACAGUACAAGAUUGACUCUACCUACAGGUGCUGAAUUAGAAUAAGCAUCAGAGAAGGUGGUAUUUUAUACUUUGAGAGAUUAAUGGAGGAACAGUGGAAGUAAAGAAUGAAACUAGUCUAUAGGUCUUUGGGCUGAGCAUAAUGAGUUUUGUGGUCAAAUUUCUUGCUGUUCACUGUACACACGUGCAGGAAAAGCAGCAGCUUGGAGAAGAUAUUGAAAGGUUAUCAACAGCUCAGGACUGUAUCCCACCUCAGUCUGGUUCACUGGGGAGACAGCAAAUACACAAAGAAAGGGAAAAAUACAUUUCACCACAAGCCAACAUCAGUGACUAAGUUUCUGGAGUAUCUUCAUGAGCCCAAGUUGUUUCUUUUAAAAAAAAAAGUUCAUUCACAGGAUGUAGGUGUCACUAGCAACACCAGCAUUCAUUAUCCAUUUGUAUGGCAGCAAAUCGAAAAUGGCCUCACAAGCCAGAGAGCAGGCAAGAGUAGUGCUGGAAAAGUGUAGCAGGUCAAAUAGCAUCUGAGGAGCAGGAGAAUCGACGUUUUGGGCAAGAGC